AUGUCCAAUCAGACGCCCAGGCCGAGCGGAGGGGCGGGCUUUCAGGCCCUCGAAGCCGGGGUCUCUCCCGUCACCUGGUCGCCGUCGCAGUCCGGUGUUCCGCGCCUGCGCAGUAGUCCUGGAGGCUCCGCGUGGUGCGUGCCACCCUUCGGAACCGCAGCGAGGACGCUGGGUGUCCCGGGAUCUGGAAAUGACUCCAGGGUUUUGGAUGCCCAGACGACCUCCCAUCUGUCCCUGGGGCGCGAUUCUGUCGCCCAGGCUCCCGAGGCCCCAUCUGCCGGUGUCGUGGGCUAUCUGCUGGCCGUCGGGGGUAAAUGCCUCCGGCCUGGGCCCGCCACGGGGGCUGCCCGCCUGUGCAUGGCUGCGGCUGGGCCCUCCCAGGGCGGUUGCUAUGCUCUGUACAACACAGUUGUGCACUUGUUCGUAAAGCACACCCAGGGGCCAUCUGACCUCCUAGUGACCAGAACAGGAGCGGAGCUGUUGUCAUUUGAGGACAUAGCCGUGGACUUCACCUGGGAGGAGUGGCAGGACCUGGACGCUGCCCAGAGAGCCCUCUACAGGGACGUGAUGCUGGAGACCUACAGCAGCCUGGUGUCCUUGGGGCACUGCAUGAACAAACCUGAGUUGAUCUCCAAGUUGGAGCAAGGGCUUGGGCCUUGGAAUGUAGAAGAAUCCUCAGACAGGAGCUUCCCAGGUCUUUCUAUAUUGACUGCCCCAACUGUGACCAACCAGGAAAAUCACAAGGUGCAUUUGUGGCAAGUUGAAACUACUGAAUCCAAGGCAUCCAGUGAAAAGAUUGCAGAGCUAAAGAAGCAACAGAAGAUUCAUCAGAGGUCAAGAUCCUGUGAAACUAAAGCAUGUGGGAAGACAUUUUUCCAGAAAUCACAGUGCACUGGGAAUCAAAAGUCUCAUACGUGUAAGAAAACUCUCAGUUAUAAGUCAACUGUCGAUAAAGAUCAGAGACUUCAUAAAGAAGAGAUAAACUGUGGGUGUGAGAAAUGCAGGAAAGCUUUCUUCCAGAACUCACAUGUUACAGUGUGUCAGGAAACACCUACAGAUGCGAAGCUUUGUGAACAUACAGAAUGCAGAAAGUCUUCCUCCUGCAACUCAGAACCUCCUAGUCAUCACAGAGCUCAUACAAGUAAGAAGCCCUAUGAGUGUCCAAAAUGUGGAAUAGGCUUCUACACUAAGGGAAAACUUACUCUACAUCAGAUAAUUCACACAGGUGAGAAGCCCUAUGAAUGUACAAGAUGUGGGAAAGUGUUCUCCCUCAAGUCUUACCUCACUCAACAUCAGAAAAUUCACACAGGCAGGAAGCCUCAUGAAUGUGCAGAAUGUGGGAAAGCCUUCUACCGAUUAGCACACCUUACUUUGCAUCAGAGAACUCAUACAAACGAGAAGCCUUAUGAUUGUACAAAAUGCCAGAAGUCCUUCUACUGCCAAUCACAGCUUACUGUACAUCAGCGAACGCAUACAGGUGAGAAGCCUUUUAAGUGCAUGGAUUGUGGGAAAUCUUUCUACCAUAAGUCACACCUAACUCGACAUCAGAGAAUUCACACAGAUGAGAAGAAGCCCUUUGAAUGUACAGAAUGUGAGAGAGCCUUCUACUCCAAGUCAGAGCUCACCGUGCAUCAAAGGUCUCACACAGGUGAGAAGCCCUAUGGAUGUACGGAAUGUGGGAAGUCAUUUUACCAGAAGUCAACACUCAUUCUUCAUCAGAGGAGUCAUAUAGGUGAGAAGCCAUAUGAGUGUACAGACUGUGGGAAAGUUUUCUAUUGCAAAUCACAUCUCACUCUACAUCAGACAAUACAUACAGAUACGCACCCAUAUGUGUGUCCAGAAUGUGGGAAAUGUUUCUAUUACAAGUCACAACUCAUUGUACAUGGACGAACUCACACAGGUGAUAAGCCCUAUGAAUGUACAGAAUGUGGGAAAGCUUUCUCCCGCAAGCCACACCUCACUCGACAUCAAGGCACUCACACAGGUAAGAAUGGUUCCAGUAUAAAAAGUGUAGAAACGCCUUCUGCUGCAGGUCACCACUCACUGGACACAAGGGGACACACACAUGUGGCAGGCAUUUUAAAGGAGAGGAAUGCAUAAUGGCUUUCUAC